AUGAUGAAUAAAAUAGUUUAUUUAUUAUUUUUUUUUAUAAUUUUAAAUGUCGGAUUUGUGUAUUCAAAAUUUGACAUAUUUGAUAUAACACCACAAAAUAAACAAAUUUCAUACCCAGAAAGUUACUCAAGCCACCAAUGCGCCAUUUAUAAAUAUAUUUUAGUAAAAAAUACAACACAACCAGAAAGUAUAGAUAAUAUUAAUCCAGCGAGUUUCUUUUUAACUUCCAAUAGUGAUAGUGCUAUUUAUUACCACUAUUUGGUAUUGGAGUUUGGAAAAGAACAACAAAUCAAUUUUACUGUUAAUGGAAUGGAUACUGAAACUGGUUAUCUAACAGUUAAUUGUAUUUGUAAAGAGAUAAAUGUUUCAUUGAUUACAAUAGAUAUUAUACAAAGCGUAACAUGGAGUGAUCAUUUAAAGUAUUCAUCAAUUGUUAGAUUAAAUGGAGUUCCAGAUGAAAGUCCAAAUCCAGGUGUUGAUGGUGUAAUAUUAAAUAGAUUGGGAAAUUCAUUAUUCCAAAUUCUUUAUAAAGAAAUUUAUUACACCAAAAUAUCACCAAACCAACUCCAAUGGGAUAUUGAUUUAGAAUUUACAAAUAAACAAAUUUUAAAAGUUUCAGUUCCAUUAAAUCAAUCAAAUAUUGGACAAAUUAAUAAUGUAUUUGGAUUUGAAGUUUAUAAACAAAAUAAUUAUCAAUAUAAUGGUUUUUUUGGAGGUGGUUUAUUAUUUAAAUCAAAUUCUUCUAUUCAAAGACCAAUUUAUACAGUUCUUUCACUCGUGAGUCCUUAUUAUUUUACAAUGACACCUAUUUCUGGAGUAUUUCAAAAUGUAACAUAUUAUUUAAACCUUUUCCCAAUUGCACCAUUUAAUCAAAGUUUUUCAUUAAACUCUCAAAAUGAAGAUCUUUCUUUUGAAAUUAAAUAUGAAACUUUUAUAGAAUUUAUAAGUCAAUCUGUUUCUGCAUAUUCACCAGCCACUCUUAGAUAUGAUAACAGCUCUAGUUCAAUUGUAUUUUAUACAGGUUAUUUUGAUGGUGUUUCUCCUUAUGACUUUAGAUCAUUUAAAUGUAAGUCAAAAGGAUUAUUUGAUUAUGGAAUAAACUAUGCCUUCCCAUUUGGAUUUGUAAGUGGUAAUAACGAGAAUUCAGGAAUGGGUAUUUCAAUACCAAUGUCUCCAAUUUCAUCAAAGGAUAAAUUUGAAUUCACAUAUGAUAGUAUUAAUGUUCCAAUUGAUGUUUUUUAUACAUUAGUUGAUUCAAAACCAUAUCCAUAUAUAACAUCAAUGGAAAAGAUAAAUAUAUAUGGAUUUAAAUAUAUAGUAAUUAUAAAUGCAUAUGAUUCUUUUGGUGUAAAAUAUAUCCAUACAAGUGUGAAUGGAGCAUAUAUUAGAAUUGGAACAGAAUCAUUGGUAAAUGGAGAUAAUAAAAAUGGAGUUUGGGAAUUUUUACAUGAUGGAGUUAAAUUGGGAAGUGAUUACGUUAAUUCAUUUACCAUUGAAAAUUUUUACGAUUUAAAACAAGAAUAUCAACCAUCCUAUCCUUUUUCAACUUCAAAUAUUGACCAAACAUUAGUUUUACCAGAAAUUAAAUUAAGUGAUAAAAUUAAUUUUUAUAAUGAUAUAAAAGAUAUUACAUUUAAGUUUAAUAAUGUUCAUAUUACAAAUCAAAGUGUAGAUAAUAUUUUAUAUUUUACAUUUGAUAAUAUUGAAAAUUAUAAAGAUUUAUCUAUUGGUUUUUCAUUAAAUGACCCAAAAUCAUUAAAAGAUAUGAAUUAUCAAAGAGAUAUUAAUAAUCAAGUAAAUUUUAAUGAUUAUACAUUUGCUCAAUGGGAUGAAUCAAAUAGUAGAUUUAGUGUUAUGUUUAAAAUGCCAGCAAAUGUUAUUCCAGGUGUAUUAGAUUGGUCAUUAACUUUUUCAAAAUAUUAUUCACUUAUUAGUACUGCUUUACCAGAUCAAUAUCAAUUAAAAGUAGUUUCAGAAAAUAUUGAUAUCAUUGGUCCAAUUGUAACAAAGGUUAUUAAAAAAACUCCAACUGAUUUCGGAACUUUAAAUGUUGGUUGGUUAUUAACAAUUGAAGAUGAAAUUAAUGGUUUACUAAAUGGUUUUAUUACAAUUAGAGGUGUUUUAGAUUCAUCAGUAUACAAUUUCACAAUUACACCAUUAACAGCAGUAAUUGGAAGUGGUGAUAAAUGGAAAGCAGAUUAUUUAAUUUCAAUUCCUUUAGAUGGUAGUUUAAAUAAUUAUGGUUGUAUUAUUCAAGAUUAUAGAAUUUCAGAUUUAAAACUUGUUGAUUCAUUUGGUAAUACAAAUUCUUAUAACCAUAAUGUUAAAGCUAAUGAUGGUUCUUUAGACUAUUCUUUAUUUCAACGUCCAAAUCCAUUUUACUUAUUUGAUUUAAGCGAAUUGACAUUUUCAAUUGAUAAUACAAUGUGCAAUGCUGUUUUUGAUUCAACUGGACCAAAAUUAACUUCUUUCCAAAUUUCAAAAACAAAAAUCGAUGUAGGUUCACAAGAUAGAUCAAUUACCUUUGAUUUUGCUGCACAAGAUUUAGAUAGUGGUUUGAAAGAUGCUCAAUUUCCAAUUGUUUAUUUAACAACUCAAAAUCUUGAUACUGCUCAAUGUGUUUCUACUAUUGUUUCAAAAACAGAUACAUCUACUAAUUAUACAUGUACAAUUGAUGUACCAUUAGGUUUUUCUUAUCCAUUAGGUUUCACAGUAUCAGUUUAUGGUUUCAUUAAUAAUGGUGGUUACUAUUCUGGUUUCCCAACUGAUGUAAUUAAAUCAAUUUCACCAAAUGCUUGGUAUGUUUCAACAGAUCAAUAUUCAAUGGAUAUUCCAAUCAUUACAAGUUCAACAGUAAUAACAAAUCAAGGUGGUAAUUUAUGGUUAGGUGGUAGAGGUUUUAAUUUUGUAGAUGAAAUUAAAAUUACUUACUCACCAUCCAAUAUAGUAUAUAAACAAGUUUCAACUAAUAAAUUUAAUAGUGCUUUAUUAGUUUCUGAUAUUAUUUCAACAAACGAUCCAUUUACAAUUCAACUCACAAAUUCAUCACCAUUAAAACAAUCAAAUAUAUUUACAAUUAAUCCAGUAUUAUACUUUUUUAAUUAUACUGAUCCAAUUCCAACUACUUCUCCAACUCCAACUACUUCUCCAACUGUAGCCCCAACUAAAUCACCAAUUCCAACUAAUCCUCCACAAAAAUGUAAAGGUAAUCCAGAAUGUGGUGGAGAGGAUAAAGGUGCUUGUACAAGUAAAGGUUGUAUUUGUUUCACUCCAUGGUUUGGUCCGGAUUGUAGUUCAAAAUUAGUUGAAGUUGUACCACCAUUAAUUAAUGGUACUGGUCCAUCUGUUGAAAUCCCAACUCCUGGAGGAGAAGGUGGUUCAUCAACAACAAGUGGAGGUUUACCACCACAAAUAAUUUAUAAAACAUUAGUUUCAGUUGUUUCAUUAAGAGAAUUAGAUUUUAAUGGUAAAGCAAUAAAAACUAUACCAUUAAAUUCAUGGGAAUAUACUGAAAUAAACUCAACAAUUAGUCGAUAUGAUACAAUAUUAACAAUUGAGGGUAAACAAGAAAAAGUUAAUGUAACUACAGUAAUGCAGUGGUUUGAUAAGAGUUCAACAAUAGUUUUCGCAGGUCAACAAUUAAAAAUGAAUCCAUCAACUAUUAAAUUCAAUAUUGACAUUUCAAGUUACCCUUUUUCACAAGCAUUAAAUCAACUUCAAUUAGUAAUGUCUGCAACAUUAAUUUCAUCUGGUAAUGAUAAUAGUGAUAUAUGUUCAUCAAAAUCAUUUGGUGAUACAACAAAUGGCGAUGAUUCAAACUUUAUAAAAUUGCAAGUUGAUGAUCAUUCUGUUUAUGGUAGAUUCUUAAAGAGAGCAAUCGUUGAUGAUAUCAUUAUUAGUGUUGAUAAUGUUUUAUUAGAUAGUUCAUUAAAUUCAAUUGAAUCAAAUACACAUACUCAACAAUCAUUUAUUGGUAUUAAUAUUCCACAUUUUAGUAGACAUGUUUCAAUUGAUCCUGAUUUUUCACUUUUAAUUGAUCAAAAUCCUGCAUCAAAGUCAAGUGAAAAUUCAAUAUGUUCAAAUGAUUCUGGUUUAUCAAAAGGUCAAAUUGCUGGUAUUGUAAUUGGUGCCACUGGAUUUGCAGCAGUUGUAUUUGUUAGUGCACUUUAUUCAAUUCACAAAACUAGAUCAAACAAAAAAAUGAUUUCCAAUAUCUCAAAAAAAUUAGAAACAAUUAAAUAA